AACAAACAAGUUCUCAUUUUUCACACUCAAAAGUGACAUCAGAAUGGAUUCUAAAAUUCUCAGUUUCCUAAAUGCAGUAGCAAUUCGUUAGGGAACUGAGAAGGAGAAGAAGAUAAUGAACACCUCUUUCUUCGGAAUCAAGCUUCAUUCUUCUUUCAAAGUUUACAACACUAUCACUAUCAAUAGUAACAAUCAUUUGGAGUUGUUGGAGAGAAGAAGAUUAUUGCAGAAAAGCAAAAGGUGGUGCACUGUAUCUGCGAAACAUGGACGCCCAAUAAGGCAAGUUUUUAGUUUUUGUUGUCAAAAUGUAAACUUGUUGAGGAUACACCAUGUUUCCGUAAGUGGGUCUAGGUUGAAAUGUACUAAUGAAGAAUCACGCUUUUCUCCUUUCUUCACUCCAUUGUGGAAAGAAGGGAUUUUUUUGAUGAGGGUAUGUGUUUACACUGUUGUUAUCUCUGGUUUGUGUCUGUUGGUUUGGUUUGGAAGUAAUAUAGUUAAGGAUUAUGUCGAAGCCAAACUAUUGCCUUCUGUUUGUUUGGUAAUCAGCGAGCAGAUUCAGCGUGAUUUUCAGUUUGGAAAGGUUAGAAGAAUCUCUCCAUUGAGUUUGACAUUGGAGUCAUGUUCAUUUGGGCCACAUAAGGAGGAAUUUUCUUGUGGUGAGGUUCCUAUUGUUAAGAUUCAUAUUCAUCCUUUUGCUAGUUUGAUGAGAGGAAAAGUUGUGGUUGAUGCAGUUUUGUCACAUCCAAGUGUAUUGAUUGUGCAGAAGAAGGAUUAUAGUUGGUUAGGGAUACCAAACAAUGAAGGUGGUACAAAGAGGCACUUGUCUACUGAAGAAGGGAUUGACCAUCGAACUAGAACAAGGAGACUUGCACGAGAGGAAGCCGCGGUUCAAUCGGCAGCAGAACGAGACUAUGCAGCCAGGGUAGCUGCAGAGUUGGGUUACUUUGUUUCCGACUCCACCAAAGGGGAUGAUUUAAAGGAGAAUGUAGGUCAUUCAAGAGGAGCAACCGAUUCAAGCUCCUUUUUCGGCAUGAGUGAAGGGAAACAUGAUCAUCAGUGUGUAGACUCGGGUGUUGAUUAUGAUAUGAAACAUGCUGAUUUGGAAAAGCCAUUUAGAGUGAAAUUUCCAGGUCCAGGACUUCAGUUUUGGUCUAGAGUUAUAAAAAGGCAUUGGAAACACAAAUUUAAGAGGAAGUCGAAGAGGAGAGAUAUAGCUGCAUCUGGUGUUGCCAUCAAAAGAAGAAUUCUCAAAUGCAGUGCAUCGGCAGCACGUGCAUACUUUCGCGGUCAAUCACAGGGAAAGUCUGGAGAGCCUUCAUCAUCUUCUGAAUGCUUUUGUUCUACAAAUCUUGAUACAAAUUUGGUAAACGAUGAUGUUGACAAAAUUACAGAAUAUGUUGCCGAUGGCGAUGAUGAUAACGAUAUUGUUGCAGAACAUGUAGAUGGGGUAGAUGCUCUGCAGCCUGAAGACCUCACAAGUACUCUUCCCGUUAUGUUGGAUUCUGUUCAUUUCAGAGGGGCAACUGUGAUGCUACUUGCAUAUGGAGAUAGUGAAGUUAGGGAGAUGGAGAAUGUCAAUGGCCAUGUGAAGUUUCAUAACAACUACAGCCAUAUGAAUGUACAGAUGAGUGGAAAUUGUAAACCGUGGAGAUCAGAUGUUACAUGCAAAGAUGGUGGUUGGUUGUCCGCAAAUAUUUUUGUUGACACUACUGAGGAGAAAUGGCAUACUAAUUUGAAAGUUGACAAUCUUUAUGUUCCGCUAUUUGAAAGGAUCCUAGACAUUCCAGUUACAUGGUCUAAAGGGAGGGCAAGUGGUGAGGUUCACUUGUGCAUGUCUAAGGGUGAAACUUUUCCAAACCUUCACGGCCAGCUUGAUAUGACGGGAUUGAACUUCCAGUUAUUAGAUGCUCCAUCGUGUUUCACUAACAUAUCAGCAAGUUUGUGUUUUCGUGUUCAAAGAAUAUUUUUACACAAUGCAUGUGGCUGGUUUGGCAGCAUCCCUCUAGAAGCAUCAGGAGAUUUUGGCAUUCACCCUGAGAAAGGAGAAUUAAAUAUUAUGUGCCAGGUACAUGGUGUUGAAGUGAAUUCCUUGAUGCGAACUUUCAACAUGAAAUCUUUCUCAUUCCCGCUAGCAGGAUCAGUAACUGCUCUUUUUAACUGCCAAGGCCCCCUGGACUCUCCUAUAUUUGUGGGCACUGGAAUGGUUUCUAGGACGCUAUCUUCUUUAUUCGUUGACACUCCUGCAACUGUAGCAUCUGAAGCACUUGCUAAAAGUAAAGAGGCUGGUGCGCUAGCAGCAUUUGAUCGCGUACCAAUUUCAUAUGCAUCUGCCAAUUUUACUUUCAACGCUGAUAACUGUGUUGCCGAUUUAUAUGGAAUUAGGGCAAUCCUUGUGGAUGGUGGUGAAAUUAGAGGGGCUGGAACUGCAUGGAUAUGCCCGGAGGGUGAGGAGGAUGAUUCAGCAGUAGAUGUUAACUUUUCUGGAAAUUUGUCCAUUGAAAAAAUCUUGCUCAAUUACAUUCAUAAUUAUCAUAGUUUGAUGCCAUUCAAACUAGGGGUAUUACAUGGAGAGACAAAAGUUUCGGGAUCUCUUUCAAGACCAAUGCUUGAUAUACACUGGACUGCACCUUUGGCAGAAGGGUCUUUUAGUGAUGCUAGAGGAGAUGUCAUAAUCUCGCAUGAUUUCGUUACGGUUAAUUCUGCUUCAGCUGCAUUUGAUUUGUAUAUGAAAGUUCCAACAUCUCAUUCUGAUGAUAUUUCUCUUACAAGAGAAGAGUUUUGUCCAAAAGCCAUUCCAUUUACUGUUGAUGGGAUUGAGUUUGAUCUGCAUAUGCAUGAGUUUGAAUUCUUCCGCUUGAUUACUACUUAUACAUUGGAUUUUCCAAGACCUAUGCUUCUGAAAGCAACCGGAAGAGUGAAGUUUCAAGGAAAGCUUAUAGAACCUAGUUGCGCUAUGAUGGAACAAAAUUUUGACAAGAAUGGGCAACAACUACACAUAUUGGAGAAAGGAAGUGCAGAUUGUCUCGUUGGUGAAGUUUCAAUCUCUGGUCUCAAACUGAAUCAACUGAUGCUUGCACCUCAGCUUUCUGGGUUGUUGAGAGUUUCUCCCGAGUGUAUCAAGUUGGAUGCCUCUGGUAGGCCUGAUGAAAGUCUUGAAGUGGAGUUUAAUGAGCCACUACAGUCCAGUGAUGAAGAUGGUACUAAUGGCGGACAACUGUUGUCUGUUUCACUUCAAAAGGGGCAAUUGAGGGCCAAUGUCAGUAUCCAACAAAGUCAUUCAGCUAGCUUGGAGAUACACAAUUUUCCACUUGAUGACCUGGAGCUUGCUUCUCUCAGGGGAACUAUUCAGAGGGCUGAAGUCGAGCUUAAUCUUCAAAAAAGAAGAGGACAUGGAAUCCUAUCUGUACUUAAGCCAAAAUUCAUUGGUGUUCUUGGUAAAUCCCUAGAUAUGGCGGCUAAGUGGAGUGGAGAUGUUAUCACUAUUGAAAAAAUUAUCUUUGAACAAAGCAACAGUCAUUAUGAACUUCAAGGUGAAUAUGUAUUGCCUGGAUCCAGCGAUCGCAACCUUAAUGAUGGAAAAGAGGAAGGCAUUUUGAAAAGGCUAAUGUCUGGGCAUCUUAGUAGUGUUAUAUCCUCGAUGGGCAGGUGGAGAAUGAAACUUGAAGUAUGUCGAGCGGAGAUUGCCGAGAUGCUUCCUCUUGCAAGGCUUCUUUCUCGAAGCACGGAUCCGAGUGUUCUAUCAAGAUCAAAGGAUUUUUUUAUUCAAAGUUUACAGUCGGUGGGGUUAUAUUCAAAAAGCUCUCAACAACUGCUCGAGUUAAUAAGGGGGCAUCAUAUUCCAUCGCAUGGUGCUGUUCUGGAAGAUUUAAAUCUGCCUGACUUAUUUGAUAUCAAAGGUCGCUGGCAUGGCUCUCUUGAUGCAAGUGGUGGAGGGAAUGGAGACACCCUGGCAAAAUUUGACCUUCAUGGGGAGGAUUGGGAGUGGGAAGACAACAAAACUCAACGUAUCCUGGCAGUUGGUGCUUACACUAAUGAUAAUGGUAUGCACCUGGAGAAUUUUUUUAUCCAGAAUGAUAAUGCAACUGUUCAUGCUGAUGGAACUUUGUUAGGACCUAAAACCAACCUUCAUUUUGCCGUCUUAAACUUUCCGGUUAGUCUGGUCCCAACUGUUGCUCAGCUUGUUGAAUCUACAGCAACGGGUGUUGUUCAUUCUUUGGAGCCGUCGUUGGCACCUAUUAAGGGUAUCUUGCACAUGGAAGGAGAUCUUAGAGGAAGCUUAACAAAACCACAAUGUGAUGUGCAGAUAAGGCUCCUCGAUGGUUCCAUUGGUGGAAUUGAUCUUGAGCUAGCAGAAGUUGUUGCUUCCCUAACAACAACCGGCCGUUUUCUAUUCAAUGCAAAAUUUGAGCCUAUAAUCCAAAAUGGUCAUGUAUUAAUUCAGGGAAGCAUUCCUGUUACUUUUGUUCAAAGUAGCAUGUUACAACAAGAUGAAGAAUUAGAUAAGAGUGAGGCUUCAUUGGUUCCUGAUUGGGUGAGGGAUAAAAAUAGAGGGACCACUGUUGAUGCAAGCAACGAGCACAUUUUUCGAGACAGAAAUGAAGAAUUUUGGAAUACUCGGUUAGCAGACAGCCUUGAAGGUUUAUAUUCACAAAUUCUAGAUGUUGGAGAAGUUAGAGUGGACGCCGAUAUAAAAGAUGGGGGAAUGAUGCUAGUAACAGCUUUAUCCCCUUAUGCUAAUUGGCUUCAUGGAAAUGCCCAUGUCAUGCUUGAGGUGAGAGGCACAGUUGAUCAACCAUUGCUUAAUGGCUAUGCAAUGUUUCACAGGGCGUCUAUAUCUUCACCGGUGUUCCGUAAGCCACUAACUGGUUUUGGUGGUACUGUUUACAUGAAAUCAAACAGGUUAUCCAUCACCUCACUGGAGAGUAGGCUAGGCAGAAAAGGAAAACUGCUUGUAAAAGGGAACCUUCCUCUCAGAACUAGUGAAGCAGCCCUUGAUGACAAAAUUGAAUUGAAGUGCGAUGUUCUAGAAGUGCAUGCGAAAAAUAUUUUAAGUGGCCAGGUUGACUCCCAGUUGCAAAUAACUGGUUCAGUAUUGCAACCAAUCAUUUCUGGAAACGUUAAACUUAGUAAUGGAGAAGUAUAUUUGCCACACGAUGGGGGCAAUGGUGAUAGUCAAACAAUUAUUUCAAAUCAAUCUGCACUUUCUGAUGGUGGUGAUAGUCAAGCAUUCGCUUCAAGAUAUAUUUCCCAUUUUUUUAGCUCAAGAUAUGCUUCUUUGACGACCAAAUCUUCUCAAACCUCUAGCUCUGUGAAUGCAGCAAAUCAUGUAGACAAGGACAUGGAGAAAAUGCUGAUAAAACCAAGUAUAGAAACCCGCCUUAGUGAUUUGAAGCUUGUGCUUGGGCCAGAAUUGAAGAUAGUGUAUCCUCUGAUUCUUAUAUUUACUGUUAGUGGAGAGCUCGAGUUGAAUGGUCUCACCCAUCCCAAAUGUAUAACACCUAAGGGCAUAUUGGUAUUCGACAACGGUGAAGUUGAGCUACUUGCAACACAGGUGAGGUUAAAACAGGAACAUCUGAAUAUUGCAAAGUUUGAGCCUGAGUAUGGACUAGAUCCAAUGCUAGAUAUAGCCUUGGUUGGAUCUCAGUGCCAAUAUAAGAUUCAAGGACGGGCUAGCAAUUGGCAGGGCAGUGUGGAACAAGAUACACCUUCACUUUCACCAAAUGAGGCUGUCAGAAAAUUAGAGAGUCAAUUAGCAGAAUCCAUUUUAAAAGGCGAUGGUCAGCUUGCCCUUGGGAAGCUUGCAACAGCUACUCUUGAAAAAUUAAUGCCACGGAUAGAAGGGAAGGGUGAACUUGGCAAGGCUAGGUGGAGGAUAGUGUACUCACCUCAGAUUCCUAGUUCCAAAUCUGCUGGUACUACUUUGGAUACUUUCGAGUUUCUUGCCAAUAAUUUAACAUUUGGAACAAAUGUUGAAGUUCAGCUUGGGAAACGUCUUCAGGCCAGAGUCAUUAGGCAAAUGAAGGAGUCAGAGAUGGCAACACAAUGGUCCUUGAGCUAUCAACUCACAAGUCGCUUGCAUCUACGCCUACAGUCCUCUCCAUUACUAUGCAUAUUUUUUGAAUAUUAUGCUACAGUAUAGGGCUUGUUGCUGUUGCCUUAGGUUUAGGUAUGUAAAACUUGCACCUUUACUUUAAAAGAAAAGGUGUGUGUAAAAAGUAAAUAGAUUCAUAUUAUUUUCUUCUGCUCAGAUUGAGCUUGUUAAUAGGAUAGCUGCUGAAUUCAAAGGCGUUCUUACUUUUUUAUAUUGAUGAAAGAAAGUUGAAAGAAAGUAUAGCAAUAUUAGACAGAAUGAUAGAUCGACUACAAGUAUAAAUUUCUCAUUUGUAUACCUUCAGUUCAAGUUCAAGUUCAAGUUCAAGUUCAAGCUUUUA